AUGGUCUAUCAUCCCCUCCUUCUUGUGAUUUCAGAGGACUCCGAGGGUUUGUCGAAUUUGAGGGUUUCGGUAGUGAAGGAAGGUGGUGUGGAGUGCUUGAAGAAUUACUGGGACUCCGGUGUUCCUCUUGCGAGUCUGGAAGUUGCGGUGGAUAUGGUGCGGCAUUUGGCGGCUUGUAGCGGAGCCAUUGGCGAGGUUCUUGUGACGGAAGGGUUUGUGCAGAGGGUGGUGGCGGUGUUGAGUUGCGAGGUGCUGGCGGUUAGGGUUUCGGCGGCGAGGGCGGUUCACGCGUUGGGGAUGAACAGUAACAAAGCGCGGAAGGAGAUGGGGGAAUUGGGAUGCGUUUCGGGUUUGAUCAAGAUGUUGGAUGGGAAGGGCGUGGAGGAGAAAGAAGGUUCCGCGAUGGCAUUGUCGGUGCUGCUGAUGCACCCGGCGAAUCGGAAGGUGUUUCGGAAGGACGAAAGAGGAGUUGUGAGCGCAGUUCAUCUCUUGAACCCUUCGUUGCAGGGGUUGGAUAAGAAGUACCCUGUUUCGUUGCUCGCUUCUCUUGUGCACUCCAAGAGUUGCCGGAAGCAGAUGGUGGCUGCGGGGGCCUCUGUAUAUACGCAGAAGCUUGUGGAGAUGGAUGUUCCCGGGGCCAAGAAACUCGCCGAGAGCCUCGGCCGUGGCAAGAUUUGGGGUGUUUUUGCUAGACCCUAG